AUGGCUGUUACCACCCGCAUUGGCUACGCCACUGGCCUUGAUAGCUACCUCUACCAAAAGCCCCAGAACCCAGACUCCUUGUGUCCAUUAGUUCAGAAACUCGAUCCCCACGAGUAUAUCUAUGGGACAGACACAAUUGACACCAUUCUCCACGACAAAAGCUUCCGGGAAAAGUCGAAACAAAAGUUGUUGGGAGCAAUCCGGAUUCCAUCCGAGUCCUUUGAUGAGAUGGUCGAUCCCGGCACCACCGACUCUUUGGACGAGUUGUACAAGCUCGAGCCAGUAUGGGAACAAUUCGAGAAGUUGCACCAGUACUUAGAAAAAACCUUCCCUUUGCUGCACAAGCAUUUGAAACUAGAAAAAGUCAACAAGUUUGGCUUGGUCUACACCUGGCAGGGUUCUUCAGACAAGAAACCCAUUUUGUUGACGGCCCACCAGGACGUUGUUCCUGUUCAAGAGGCCACUGUCGGUGACUGGAAAUUCCCUCCCUACGAAGGGGGCGAGGACGGCAAGUUCUUGUACGGCCGUGGGGUCUCAGAUUGCAAAAACCUAUUGACUGGGUUGUUGGAGACUGUAGAGUUGUUGCUUGAAGAAGGAAAGUUUGUGCCAGAGAGAACCAUUAUCUUGGGCUUUGGAUAUGAUGAGGAGUCUCAAGGAAAGGGUGCAGGGUAUAUUAGCAAGCAUCUUGAGGCUAGAUAUGGGCCCGACUCGUUCUUGCAAAUCAUUGAUGAAGGCAGCUCCGGGUACAAGGAGUUUGAGGGGCUUAAAUUUAUUCUUCCAGCUACUGCUGAAAAGGGUGCAUUGAAUGCCGUUAUCGGGUUGUACACCCCUGGUGGCCACUCUUCAAUUCCACCUGAACAUACUUCCAUUGGGAUUUUGGCUCAGUUAAUCAACGAGAUUGAAGCUGUCCAAUUUGAGAGUAUUCUCACUAAUGCUAAUCCUGUGUUGAAUACCCUUCAGUGUGUAGCAGAGCACUCCAAGAGCGUUGAUAAAACAUUGAAGAAAAACAUCUUGAAGGCCCACUUCGAUCAGAAUGCAAACAAGAAGGUCAUCGAAUAUUGGACCAAAAAUCCAGGUGAUAAGUAUUUGAUCACCACCUCCCAAGCAGUGGAUAUAAUCCAAGGUGGUGUGAAAUCCAAUGCCUUGCCCGAAUACGCGGAAGUCUUGAUUAACAGUAGAAUUGCUGUGGAGGAAUCGGUUGAUUCGACCUCUUCCAAGUUGCUUGACCAAGUUCAGAAGAUUGCCAAAAAGUUUGACCUCGGGGUUGUUUUCGAGGGCCAAGAGGUGGUGAAACCCACUGAAAAGGGGCACUUUGACUUUACUUUGCCCCAAACUUUGGAGCCUGCGCCAAUCACUCCCAUCAACGAUGAACUCUGGAGCGUUUUUGGUGGUUCUUUGAGGUACUUGUAUGAGGAGUUGCUCUUGCCCAACGAAAAUUCCACGUUUGUAUUGGCUCCAUUCUUGUCCACCGGCAAUACUGACACCAAGUCGUACUGGGACUUGACCAGAAGCAUAUACCGCUACCAGCCGGGACUUCCCACACCAAAUUCCAACAUCCACUCGGUUAACGAGAGACUCAAUUUCGAUGGUCACCUUGGUAUUGUUGCAUUCUACUAUUACUACUUGCAAGUCGUCGAUAAGAUAGAAGAUAGCAAGUUUGGGCACUGA